AAGCUCGCGGAUUCAGGAGAGAGGAAAAAACACACACACACACACACGCACACACACACACGAGAGCGCGAGAGAGUGGUGAUGAAUCCGAGGUGCUCGUGAGCCUGUUAAAAAUAAACAACAACAAUAACAACAACAAAAAAAACCCCACAGCAGUUCUUAUUAACUGUUGCUGCUGGAGAGGAGGUUAUUUUCCACGAGAAUACGCGACAAAAUAUCGCGGUGUCGGUGAGGUCGCACAGCCAAGGAGAUUAUCCACCGGAGAGAGCGAGCCGCGGCGGGGCUGGAAACCGGAGCAGCAAUCCCGGAUGGCUAGGCGCGGCUGCUCGCUGUCUCUCCCUCCCUGACCCCCGGGAAGAGACGCGACGAGGGCUGGACGGAGAAGAAGCUCCGUGGGGGGACUGGACAUGUUUUUUUUCGGGAAUUUCGCGGGACCGAUCGUAAACAAGCGGGUGGGAGAGGGAGCCCACUGAAGGGUGUGUGAAUCUUGCGUGGUCGCUGCGUUUUUUCGAGCCCGCUGCUGAUCCGGUGUCCGUGCAGCCUCCGUGCGUAACACCGUGUUCUGAUGUGGUCGGACUAGACUGAGGAGCCAGCGGCAUUAUGGGAUGUAGCAGGACUGUGCAGUGACCCCGCUCAUUGGAAGGAAACAGUCUGUGUACAGGAACAGCCUAAACACACGCACACACACACGCACACACCCUCAUCCUUCCCUACACACUCCAGCAGCCAUGCCUGUGUUCAGUGGGCUGCUCAAGGUAAGAGUGUGUGAGGCGGUGGACCUGAAGCCCACCCCCUGGGCCCUGCGUCAUGCUGUGGGCAAGAGCGGCUCCUUCCUGCUGGACCCCUACCUGGCGCUGAACCUGGACCAGACCCGGCUAGGUCAGACCGCCACCAGGACCAAGACCAACAGUCCGGCCUGGCACCAGGAGUUCUGCACCGAGGUCCGGGAGGGAAGGAGCCUGGAGCUGUCGGUGUUCCACGAUGCCCCCAUUGGGUAUGAUGACUUCGUGGCCAACUGCACCAUCCAGCUGGAGGACCUGCUGCAGAACGGAACCAGGCACUACGAGGACUGGAUUGACUUGGAGCCGGAGGGGAAGGUGUACGUGGUUAUCGAUCUGUCCGGAUCCUCCACCGAGGCUUCGGGAGCCAACGACAAUGAGGAGCGAGUGUUUCGAGAGAGGAUCGGUCCUCGCCGGCGACAGGGCGCCGUCCGGAGACGCGUCCAUCAGGUCAACGGACACAAGUUCAUGGCCACCUACCUGAGACAGCCGACCUACUGCUCACAUUGCAGAGAUUUUAUCUGGGGUGUGCUGGGGAAGCAGGGGUACCAGUGUCAGGUUUGUACGUGUGUCGUCCACAAGCGCUGCCAUGAGCUCAUCAUCACCAAGUGUGCCGGGAUGAAGAAGCAGGAGGACACACCUGAGGAGGUGGGUUCACAGCGGUUCAGUGUUAAUAUGCCCCAUAAGUUCAGUAUCCACAACUACAAGGUCCCAACCUUCUGUGACCACUGUGGCUCCCUGCUGUGGGGCCUCAUGAGGCAGGGCCUGCAGUGCAAAGUGUGUAAGAUGAAUGUGCACAGGCGAUGUGAGACCAAUGUAGCUCCUAACUGCGGUGUAGACGCCCGAGGAAUCGCCAAGGUCCUGUCUGACCUGGGAGUCACACCUGACAAGAUCUCAAGCACAGCACAACGCAGGAGGAAGCUGACUCCAGGGCAGGACCCUCCCCAGUCUCCUCCUGAGCUCUCUCAGACCGAGAACAGCUUCAGCCAGCCAGCCGUCCCCACCUCCCCGUCACAGCAGGACUUGGCAGAGUUGGAUCGCCUGCAGGACGCGCUGUCACUCGACCAGCAGGGACCUCAGCACUCCUCCUCCUCCGCCUCUUCCUCCUCCUCCACCACCUCCUCUUCCUCCUCGUCCUCCUCCUCGGCGGCCAGGGAGAACGGACAGAGCCAGAGGAGGACCCUCAAGGACUUCAACUUUAUCAAGGUUCUCGGCAAAGGCAGCUUCGGCAAGGUGAUGUUGGCAGAGCUGAAGGGGACAGAGGACGUUUACGCCGUCAAAGUUUUGAAGAAGGACGUGAUCCUACAGGACGACGACGUGGACUGCACAAUGACAGAGAAGCGAAUCCUGGCCCUGGCCCGCCGACACCCCUACCUCACCCAGCUCUACUGCUGCUUCCAGACACGAGACCGUUUGUUCUUUGUAAUGGAAUAUGUGAACGGAGGAGAUCUGAUGUUCCAGAUUCAGCGAUCUAGGAAGUUUGACGAGGCUCGCUCUCGUUUCUACGCAGCCGAAGUCACCUCAGCCCUCAUGUUCCUGCAUCGUAACGGAGUCAUCUACAGGGAUCUGAAGCUGGAUAACAUCCUUCUGGAUGCAGAGGGACACUGUAAGCUGGCAGACUUCGGUAUGUGCAAAGAAGGCAUCAUGAACGGCGUUACCACCACCACCUUCUGUGGCACACCGGACUACAUCGCUCCUGAGAUCCUGCAGGAGCUGGAGUACGGAGCCUCUGUGGACUGGUGGGCUCUGGGGGUGCUCAUGUACGAGAUGAUGGCCGGACAGCCUCCGUUCGAAGCCGACAACGAAGACGACUUGUUCGAGUCGAUUCUCCAUGACGACGUCCUCUAUCCUGUGUGGCUCAGCAAAGAGGCCGUUUCAAUCCUUCGAGCGUUCAUGACAAAGAAUCCGGCCAAGCGUCUGGGCUGCGUGGUGAGCCAGGGCUGCGAGGAAGCCAUCAAGACCCACUCCUUCUUCAGAGAGAUCGACUGGAUCCUGCUGGAGCAGAGGAAAGUCAAACCACCCUUUAAACCUCGGAUUAAAACCAAGCGAGACGUGAAUAACUUCGACCAGGACUUCACCAAGGAGGACCCCGUGUUGACGCCCACGGACGAGGCCAUCAUCCGACAGAUCAACCAGGAGGAGUUCAAGGACUUCUCCUACUGCGCUCCUGAGGAGACGCAGACCUAAGAUGCACACACACACACACACACACACACACACACACACACACACACACACACACACACACACACACACACACACACACACACUGAUCCAGCAACACUACACCUGGCAUACACGUACGCACACACACAAGCUGACACUCAGUAGAACCAUAACUCCCUUUACAAAACACACACACACACACACACACACACACACCGAGUCACUCCUUUACUUUGAAACUAUUGGUUGUUGUUACUUUAUGGAAUAUUAUUUACUUGCAUUGUGUUGUUCUUGUUGCCUGGGUUUUGUUAUGAAUAUGAACAUAAAUAUGAAUAUGGAUAUGAAUAUGCACACCUGCACAUGCUCUCACAACACACACGAACACGCAAACACUACGAGUUUACAUGCUCUCACGCACACACACACACACACACACACACACACACACACACACACACCGCUACAAGCUCACUGCACAUGCUCAGACUAGCAGACACACACACUUCCACUGCUUCUCUCCCAGCACUGUUCUACAUGUGGACUGUGGGUGCUGGGUGCAGAGGCCUGUAUAUAGCCUGUGUUGAGUGGCUGUAUUGUGUUUGGUAUCGUCUGCUAGUAACGCAGCGUCGUGGCGCAUGGACAAGCAACCCUACCUGUGUUAUUACUGUCAUUAUUGUGGACCAGUUAGGGCCAAAACUCCCUUUGUGCAAUACCCUGACUAUCUAUAUAUUUUAUGACUUGUUUGUUCAUGUGUUUCGUUUUUUUUUUCUCCUCAAAAUGCGUUUUCUUUCGGUUAUGGUAUGACUGAAAUAUUGCUCUCACUGUCCGACACACUCACUCUCUCUGUCCUCCAGUGUGUGUAAAAGUGAAUGUCGACAUUUUACAGGCUAUUGAACUAAUUAUGUGGAGCAGAGUGUUACAGGCGACCUGUGUAGCAGUGAAAAAAAAGCCCGAUUUCCAGCCAUUUCAUCCAUCUGUUCGUUUCUUAGAUUCCGCGUCUGUCCUGCAGUAGUGAAUGUGCCGGCCCGUGGGCGUUUUUUUUUUUUAGUUUUUAAAUCGUGAAUGUACUUUUUUGUGCGUGUGAAUGUGUGAUAUUUUUUCCCCCUUCCCUGUCAUGUGUGACUUUCUGUUUCUGUAGCUACCAUCAGUGUUUUCAGCCUCAUUCCCCUCUUCCCUGCCUCCAGCAGCCGUCUCACUCAGCCAAAACCACUCGCUUUUCAGACUUUUGCUUUUUUUUUUCAAGAAUGGCUUUUCUUUAUUAUUGCUCUUGCUCUUUUUUAUUAUUCUAAUAAUAAUAAUAAUAAUAAUAAUAAUAAUAAUAAUAAUAAUAAUAAUAAUAAUAAUAAUUAUUAUUAUUAUUAUUAUUAUUAUUAUUAUUAUUAUUAUUAUUAUUAUUAUUAUUAUUAUUAUUGUAAAGUGUAUCUGGAGGAAACCUUUGUGUAUAAUACUAUAGCUAUACUAUUAUAGGUCUGUUACAGCCGGGUGAUAAGAAAUGUGGAGAACCAGCAGCUGAAUUACCUCUCAUUUCAAACACACACACACACACACCAAACACCACAUACAGACUCUGUCCUUUGCUUCCUCCUCCUUCUCCUCCUCCUCCUCCUCCUCCUCCUCCUCCUCCUCCUCCUUCUUCUUCCUUCUUCUCACUGUUUCUUUCUUACAAACAAACACACACAUGCACACACAGAGAAGGACUGUGGUUUGCGUGUACUGUACAGUGAUUGGAAGGCGAGCUGGUUUGCUCUCUGUGCAGUAGAGUCGGUGUGUAGUGAAGCUUUGUGCACCCAGGGGUAGGGCUGUUCCUGGUCACACUAUCUUACUCUGUGCCAAAAUGUAGUGCAACAGCCGGGCUAGUCCUGUCUGGUCUGAUUCCAAUAAAACACUGAGCUGUCUACAUCAA